AAGUCAGUAACAAAAUAUUUUUGCCAGUGUCUACUGAUAAUGCGAACAAAAUAUAGGCAUGUAUGUAUUUUAAUUGAAUUAGCUUAAGAAGUUAGUUCCUCUUCAACCGUCCACAGAAAUAUACGUUAUUUUUAUUUAAAACAUGCUAACCAUAAAAUUCGCGUUUUGUUUAAUACUAAUGUGCUGUUUUGCUGAGACGAAGCCGCAACCUGCUACAGUUAACGGUCCUCCAAGUGUGACAGGAAAAUGUGAUCUUGAGAGUAAUUGUAAGAUAAAUGAAACUACUAUACCGUUAUGUCGUUAUGAUGACGGUGCUGGUUGCAUACGGAAAUAUGCAUCGAAAUGCCAUUUGGAGAUAGCAGAGUGUAUGGCUGGCACAAAAUACACAGAUUACAGCAACGAUUAUUGCUCAAUGGACACUUACCUAUGUGAGGAGGGCUAUGAACGUUGGACGAUAUUCUUUGGAUAUGAAAAAGCUUAAUUUGGAAAUUGUCAAACCAGUGAUAAGAGAAAAACACCCAUUAAUUAUGUUGACUGGCAUAUGUACGCAUAAAAUAUACAAAAGUAUGUACAUAAUUAUGUACAUAUGAAUUAAUAAACGGGCGUUCUUGACAUAUUUAUCUUGAACGUCGAUGAAAGUUG